AUGCUGACACAGAGACGUCUUUGGUUAUCGGGUCACAUCUUGAGCAUGGAUGAGUGUCGUCUACCAAGGAAGCUUUUGGUGAAACCUUCUGUUGAGCUACCUGAAAAAGACUUGCCGUGUGUGUUUACUGGUAUGAUAUUCUAUGUACCUACAAGUGUAGAUUGCUACUCUGAAUUGAAGAGAUACAUCACAGCAUAUGAUGGAGACGUCGUUGACGAGUUUAAUAAUCGACUGCUACACACAUCGUCUGCACACCAGAUGAAGACGACAACGACGACGACGACGAGUGCUCCACUGGACAAGAGAUCAUAUCAGCCGAGUGGCUGUGGAAAUGCAUCAAGAAAAAGAAGCUCGUUCGUCAGUAGUGGGUCAGAUCAAACGUACGUUUAGAGGCUGUGUGUGCGGUUGUGUUAACGAGAUGAUUCGUUGUGUUUAUAACCAGACACUAACGGUUGUCUAGCGUUAUGUGAUUCAUGCAAAGAUGUUAAGCAAUAGCCUGGGCUGGCAGGGGUGGCAAGGGGUGGACAGGGGGCGCACAGACUUUAUGUUGUCUGGAGAUGCUUAUUGUCUCUGCACAAGAAAUGUGAAUAAUUUAUUUCUAGCGACUCUCAGGAAAACAUUGUCUACCACAAGAAUAAUUUACAGUAUAUGAGGGAAGCAUGCGAUGUCAUCAUGUCUGUACAAAAUGGUGGAAAGUCACUCUAACUUGCUUCGUAAUUUGUGUGAACGAAAGCAAGUCUCUUAGUUCUGGUUACACAACAGAGUGAGAUGAAUGAUCCAUACUCAAUUUUGAAUUAUUGACGUAUAC